AUGUAUCUGCGGCCUGGCUUACUCCUGCACGAGUUCAUGGUCCGCGAGGGUAAAGAGCUGCACGAAGGUUUGUGCUCCUUCAUGACGGCGCACCUGCCAGCUGAUGCAGAUGAUGACGACAACGACGAAGACGGCGAGYAGGUGUUGGGCAAAUACGUCAGUUGGUAUCAUUCCGGCAAACGUAAACUGAUGGUAGCUGGAAACUACAUACGGACUUUCCAACAACUUUGCCAGGCUAUUGGAGAAGACGCAGAUGCGGAGAUUGCUGACUAUGGUGAUGAUGGCAAUGAUGAUGAGUCGAGCGAAGACGAUGGAUAUGAUGAUGGCGAUCAGGAGAAUGCAUGGGAGUCUGAGAGUGACGAGUAG